GUGUCGUCUGCAGCGGAAGGCCUACUCUUGCGUGUUGUUAUUAUUAUUAUUAUUAACGUCAUUUUUAUCAACACUUCUCUCUUUUUCUCCUUUUAUUCUUGUUGGGUGUUAUCCUCUUCCUCUCCCCUGUGUUCCUGUCUCCCGUUUUCGCAUCUGUUCAUGCCAUUUUGGGAGGAAAUUAAAGGAAUGAAAUGAUUUGCUAGAAGAUGGCACACAAAUCACCUGCAGCGUUCUAGCCAAGGAUUCAGGCAUAACCCCCCUCGAGCCAUAUUUCCCCCUCCCCCCUCUCCCCACCCUCUCCCACAGUGCAGACCCCUUCCCCCCUUUACACUGCUAUGGCCGGAUUGGACGACUACCAGUUCUUCUCGAACCUCCGUGAACGCGACACCCCCUUCUGGCAGAAAACCUACGCAGGGGGGGGUGUCGACCGGCCCCACCACGAAGCCAUGAUGAUGCCUGGCGAGACGUUCAAGCGACCAACGGAAUUCCCCCAGAACCUGCUCAACCCGGCUCUUGCCCCCCACCCCCCUUCUGCCUCAGGCACUAAGCCCUAUGAUACUGUGGAUUCGUCCAAAGCGAAUGAUAUUCAGAUGGAGAAGUAUGGCGAGCUCUCUAUAAAUCUUGUCAGCUUGUGUGCGGAAAAUCUGCUCAGUCACCCCUUCAUCGUGGUCCGAAGGCAGUGCCAGGUGAACGUGAACAGCCAGCGUUACCACCUCCUGCCCAUCACCUUGGUGCCGGCCUUAAUCCACAUGCAGGGCUGCCAGGGGGUGUCGGCUUUCUGGAAGGGUCUUGGCUCUGUGCUGACCGUUAGGGGAGUCACCCUGGCACUGGAGGAUUGCCUCUCCAAGUUCACGCCGUGGCCCAAAGAGAUUUCCCCUCACAGUUCUCCCAAAACCAUUGGCCAACACCUGCUCCUCAAGUGCUCUGCCUUGGCCCUCAUAACCCCCUUCUACAGUGCGAGCCUAGUGGAAACAGUGCAGAGUGAGAUUGCGAGCGAAAAACCGGGUGUGCUGGACGUUUUCAAGGAAGGCCUCACACGACUACUGUCUUUCACACAGCCUCAGACAGGACGCAUGCUCCCUGUAUGGCUGCUCAUCCUCCCCACAGUCACGCACGGAAUUCUACAGUACUUAAUUGGCAACGCAGUCUCUACCAUAACUUCCCAUGCUUUGAGACGCUACCAGAAGCAGGACCAGCAGAAGCAGGGCGCCGUAAGCAAAGACUCGGGUUCCUUCCUGGAUGCCUCGGUACGCCUGCAAUCGGCCUUUAUUGGCCACCUUGCCUCGGACAUUAUUCUCUAUCCCUUGGAGACUAUUUUGCAUAGGUGA